AUGAACUCCAAAUCCCUCCGCCGCCUCGCUGCCGACCACGGCUCCCUCCACACCGCCGGCCUCCCCCCAAAUUAUCUCUUCCCACCGGGGUCAGAUGACUCGUCAGACCUAACUACGCUCGACAUCCUCCUCGCCGGCCCCGUCGGCACACCCUACGCAUCCGGCUUCCGCACGCGGUUAUGGCAUCCGAAUAUUGAUGAGGCAACAGGCGCGGUGUGCGUCGAGACAUUGAAAAGAGACUGGAGUAGCACGCUCAAGCUCCGCGAUGUGCUUGUUACGAUAUCCUGCCUCCUCAUACAACCGAACCCAGCGAGUGCGCUGAACGAAGCAGCAGGCAAACUGGCGACGGAGGACUGGGAGGGUUAUUGUAGGAGGGCGAGGCUUAUGACAGACAUCCACGCCGCGAUACCGAGGGAUAUCGAGCAAGAUGUGAGGGAAGCACAGAUGCGCGGCGAAGAUAAAACCACAGAGCCGGAACAAACCAUCGCGAAAACACAUUCAAAAGGGAAGGAGACAGAGCGGGUUAAAGUCACGCCGUCAGGACCCAAACUCACGCGCAUGAAGAGUGAGGAUGAGGAGAAUAGCAGGGUCAGGAGGGGUGGGACGCAGGAUGCUGAGAGCGGGACUGAGGAAGAUGCGGUGACUGGACGGAGGGAGGGGACGAGGAGGAGCAAGGUACCUGAGUCGAGGAGACAGGGUAAUAUCUUUGGGAUUAAGGGUCUGGGCGACGGGAUACAGCUUGACUCCCCACCGCAGAAACGGAUUUUCGCUGUGCCGGGUGCGCAUACACCGCCUGUUUCUACACCGAAUGAGAACGAGAAAGAGAAUGAGAAUGGGGAUGGGGAUGGAGAUGAAGAGGACCCGUUUACGACUGUGACAUCGAAACGGAAUACCCACACCGAUCCUUCUACCGCAACGGGAGGAACAGCAACAGCAACACAACCCGACACCGAGACCCCCGACCUCCUCAAAUUCUCAACUCAAAACCCCUUCGCUGCCAUCCAACCCAACAACCAAACUCACCCCCUCUUCAGAGAGUUUUCGUUUAGUUGGGAAGAUGCGAUGGUGAUACACGAAGGUGGCGUGGGCGGUGGGGUUGGUUCGGUUGGUAAGAGUGGUAAGAGUGGCAGUGGUGGUGUCAGUGGGGUUAGUAAAGCGGAUGUACGCAAAAGACACGCAACAGAGGAGUUUGAGAAGAAGGAAAGGUGGGAGAUGAAGAGGUUUAAGAGGGCGGGGGGCGAUUUGAAGAGGUUUAAUCGGGGGGAUUGGGGGGUUAGGAUGGGGGUUGGACGGCUUUGA